AUGUCGGGCCCUUCUCUUGCUCCCUACGUCCUUCGCCGACCCUGGUUGAAGAGAUGGAUGAUGCCGUUGGCCAACUGGUACGCCGAUGCCUCUGGUUACAGACGACUGGGACUCCGUGCCGAUGACUUGAUUCCGGAAGAAAAUGACACAGUCCAGCUUGCGCUCAAGAGACUGCCGCCCAAGGAGGCAUACGACCGCGUUUUCCGCCUAAGGAGAGCUUUCCAGUGCUCGCUUUCACACCAGCUGCUGUCUCCUGCCGAACAAACGAAGCCAGAAGAGGAUUAUCCCUACCUCACGCCUAUCAUCAAAGAAAUAGAGGCUGCAGACAAGGAACGAGUGGAUCUCGAGGCGAUGAAGAUCUCAAGGAAUUGA